AUGGCGCUGAGGAAUAUACAGAAAAACUUAUGGCACGCAUUUAAUGCUUUAGAUGUUACAAAUUCUGGAAAGGUUCAAAAAUCUCGCUUAAAGGUUCUCAGUAAUAAUGUUGGACAAGCCUUUGGUAAAGAAAAAACAGAAGAAAUUCUCAAUGAAAAGGAAGAAAGUGAUUUAAGUUUUGAAGAAUUUUUCAGUGUUUUUGAAGAGAAGGUGUUAAAGGAGGUAGAAGAGUUGAAUGUGGAAAAUCAGAAGAACAGUGUUGAUAAAGUAGAAAACAUUUGUUGGUUGUUGUGUGGAAAUAAAUAUUCGAAACAACUGGAAGAAGAUAAAACGAGAGAAGGCAACUUGUCACAUGAUGAUAUUUACAAAUUGUGGCAAAUUUUUAACUUUUUCACUGAAAUUUGCGCCAAUGGACAGUUAUUGUUGCCAUUGAGAAUUGACAUCGAAGAAGUACGACGAAUUAUACAGUUAUUAUGUCAGACAUUAGGACUUUGUGAAUUAGGAAGAUGGAAAAUUAAUAAUAAUGACGUUGUCUUAGUAGAUUUUGUGUCGUUUGUUCAUUAUAUUGAACAGGCUUUCCCAGAACCUGGUAAUGACCUGUCACAAGGUAUUAAAGAGAUCAGAAAUGAUAUCCUUCAUGAUAUAUUGAAAAAGGGUUAUUUAGUAAAGUAUGGUAAUCGUGUGACGACAUGGAAAGAAAGAUGGUUUAUAUUGUAUUGUAAAUGUUUAAUGUACUAUACAUCACAGUAUUUAGGUGGUGGGAAAGAAGAAGAUAUAGAUUCUAAAGGCAAUAUUGAAAUUAAUACUGAAACCAAAGUAGAGUCCAUCCCAGAUAAACCAGGCAGUAAACCCAACAGAUUUUUUGUCAAAGUUCCUGGUAGAAAUUAUGAGUUAUGUGCCCCUGACCUUCGUUCAAAGAAUGAGUGGAUCUCAGCAAUCCAGAAAGCAAUCAAACAUUCUGGAGAAGAUUAUAAUUUCCAGUAUCAGUCCUGGAUAGAAAGAAAAGAAGAAAGAGAAAAUAGAAGGAAAGCUACAGCUGAGGAUGAAUUAAAGAAACAACAAGAACAAGAAUUGAUUGAAAGACAGAAAAGAGAAUUAGAAGAACAGAGAUUGAGAAAUCUUCAAGAUCAAGAAUUGUUAGAGAAAAGACGGAAAGAAUUAGAGUCUGAGAAACUGGCAAGGGAAGAGAUUGAAGCAAAGCUGAAAGAAGAAGAACAAUUGAGAUUAGCUGAACAGGAAAGAUUAAGAGAAUUACAAGAGAUUAAGGCAGAUUUAGAGAAAUUAUUAGAAGACGAGAGGCAAGCCAAACGAGAUGAAGAAAUUGUCCGAAAUCUACAGUCAAGAAUAUUAGAAGAAGAAUUUGCUAAGAGAAAAGAAUUAGAGAAGAUUAAAGAAGAACAAGAUAAAUUAUUGGAUGAAGAAAGACAUCAAAGAGUAGAUUUAGAAAAUAAACGUCAAGAACAGGAACAAAUGAUCCGAGAUGCUCAGAUGAAAUUAGAAGAGUUAGAGAAGGAAAGAAGUGAUGCUGAUCUAAAACUCAAUGAAGCUAUGGAAAAAAUGAAAAUAGCAGAACAAGAAAGAUAUAAAAUGGAACAUAAAUUAAAACUGAGAGUAACAAAUAAUUGUGUUGGAUUGGCCAGACCGAAAUUUGUAUCAGACCCUUCUCCUUAUACCACACAUAGAGGAAAGGGUGCCUUUUCAGAGGCUGAUUUUCAAAAAUCACCUGCUAAGGUUGAAAAUGAUGAGGCUUCUGGUGAUGAUCUGGGAACAGUUUUUGAAUAA